CCUAAAUAAUUUUUUUUAGCCUCUGACCCUGCGGAUGUUGCUUUUGCAUCUGGGACCAAUUCAGCAGAAAAGGGCAAUAUUGGAACAAUUUUAUUUUUUAGCAAUGGUAUAUGCAGUGUGAUUCUGGACGUUUCAUUUAAAAGAAUGCUCAAGACACCUGGAACCAUAUUGCCAUGCUCGUUAGAGUUAUGGAGCGAUGAGCUUCAUGGAAAGAAUGGCUUCAUACAGUACCGCUCCAGACUGUUGGAUCUCAUAAAAUAUAUUGCUUAUCGAAGACCAAUCCUUGCCGCCAGCAGAGUUGCACAGAGAAUUAAUAGCGUCACUGGAGAUGCAAUCACUGUAUCAAACCCCCCCAAGGAUUUGGCUGCAUUUGAAAGUGCACAGCUAGUGCUUAACAGUUAACACGGUUGUCAAUGCUAUUUUUGAUGAUUCGGUUGAGAAUGGAGAGAUCAUUCUGGACACACCAUUUUCAUUGCACAGGAUACAUGACAUAUUUGGAGGUCUACUUACUCAGCUUCUGUCUUUGAAGUGGACGGAACCAAGACUGGCCGUUAUCCUUGGACACUACUUGAGUGCGUUUUGCCCUUACCUGAGGCGUCAUCCACCUGUAGUUCCCUCAGUUGUGAAUAAACUUUUUGAACUAUUGUCAUCAAUCACUGCCAGCUGUCAUGAUCUUUCAACAGCCCAGAGUGCCCAAUCGCAAAUAUGCUCAUGUAUCAUUCACGUAUGCAAAGCUGUUAAUAGCACUGCUCUUCCUUCAGAUAUGAAGCUGUGUUGUCAAUUUGUGAUUUUGUUCAAUGGGAGUUGGAGCUGCUCUACAUCCAAGCAUUCCCAUAUGAAUCUAAGGAUUUCUUCUCUCCUUACAUCACGGAAGAAGAUGUACUAGCCUUUUAUUCCAUCAAACAGAACAAAGGGGGAGAUGGGAGUCAAGACAGACACACUACUGACCUCUCUGCAUCCUCCAAUACAAUGUCAUCUCGUCAAAUACAUGUUCAAACUGCAAGGCUGGGACCUUGGGCUCAGAAAGAUGAAAAUGCAGGCUUAUCAGUUGCUCUUCCCUAUCUAGAAUAUCCACUCAUUAUACCACCUUCUCCUGAUUCUUGUUUUAAACCUUCAUGUCUCAAAGCUGAUCCAUCCACUAGCUUAUCUGUGAAGCAAGUGGUAAAUGACACUGAUAAACCAGGAUUGGAGGCCCUGGCUGUUAACAAUCUUGAUGAUCAAGAGUAUGAUCCUGUUCAGGGUAAUGCUACUAGUGAUUUGGAAAGACCCACCGAGUCUUUUGGGUCAAAAUGUCUGGGUAAGUUUCAAGUAAUGCCAGGCUAUCAAGGAAAGGCCAAGCUACUUCUUUGGGAGCACAAUCUCCUGUCUGAAGCAUUCAUCAGUGUGAUGGCCUGCCCAGGGAUUGAAUGUAAGAAGCAGUUGCUUAUGUCUCUGUUGAACCCUUUGAACAAAAUUUGGACCCAGUCAGAGUGGGAUGAAGAAUACAUGAGUUACACAUAUCGUCUGUCUGGUCUUCUUUGCGAUGAUCAAUUUAUGAAGACAGUACAUUUGUUGGUAAAGUCAUUUGAGGAGAUCAAAGGAAGCAAAAUUGAACAUUCUACAGGAACACAGGAAAAAUGCUCUCCAACAUCAAUUGCUAAUUACCAGCACUCAUCUACCUUUCUACAGCUAAUGCUUACCCUGCUCUUACGGAUCCUUCAUUUCAUACACAUGGCUUGGACGGAUCAGUCUGCGUAUGAUCUGCCAGAAAUUAUUAGAAGAGCUAAACUCAUGAGUACCAUGGAGAUAUUCACUUUUCUACCGGAGACUAAUAGUUUACCUGACAAUGAUGGAGUUGAUGCUAUUAGGGUGGAUGCUAUCGGAACACGCUUACGUGAAAUUCGAGAGACUGGGUACAAUGUCAUAGGCUUGUGCGCGAACGUUGGAAGAUCAUUUUUUGAAUUGGACAGCUCUCUUUUCAUCCAUGCUCUUGUGGCGGAUAUAAGCUUCAUGGAAUUUGAUCAUUUGGGGAAAUUCAUAGAGCUCACCUUCAUUCCAUUAGUCAGAUGUUGCCCUCGAGAAUGUUGGGACAAAUGGGUGCUGUUGUUGUUGGAAUCUUUAUUUUUCUACUGUGAGCGAAAUUUUCGUUAUGCGUGGCUCAGUCUUAUACACGAGGGCCGAGCUAAAGUACCAGAUUUCUUUGGCGAUCUAUACGGACCGGAAGACAAACUCAAGAAAUUAGAAGUGGAGCUGGUGCUUAAAUUCACUCGUUCUGUAUCUUUAUUGCUCAGGGUCUUAGCAUCAAAAGAACUUAAUAGCGGCCUUCCGGAUUUGAAUUGUCCAAAGUCUGACUUGAAAUCCAUAUCUUCCAGCUCUCUUAUGGGGUAUCUUUUACUUCACAAUUGCUUUGGGAGGUUUAGUAUGUACUUGUUUGGGUGUUUGGUGGAUCAUCAAGCAACUAUGGAAGCACUACCCUUUUUUCAUGCAUUGAUCCGCCUUGCUGUUGCUACUGAUGAUGAGAGACUGAAACAGUUUAUUCUUAAUGAAAUGCUUCCAACCAUUGUCCGUUUUAGUGAUAGGAGUCCUCAAAGUGGAAUCUCACGGUUAAGAUCGGAGUUAAGUUCAAGCAAUGAAGUGAGUUCUAUGGAUGAUGUUGUUUGCCUUGGUCAAGAAAUAUACAAAGUUUACUUACACAAUCAGGUUACUAUGACGAAUGGCGAAAUGUAGACA